AUGAUUUUGAAGCUUUUUAAUUUUUUGAAAGUACGAUCUAAUUCUUACAAGAUUAUUUAUGCACAGAACCAAAUAAGCUACUUCAGUCGCAAAGAUGUUGACUAUUUAAGCCAAGAACGUGCAGCUAGAAUCGAUGAAGAUUUAUUUACUAAAUACGGGUUUAAAGUGGAACAACUUAUGGAGUUGGCUGGACUAGCUUGUGCAAAGGCUGUAUAUGCUCAAUACCCCAAAGUAAAAGUUUUGGUUCUAUGUGGACCUGGUAACAAUGGAGGUGACGGCUUUGUUUGCGCCAGACAUCUCAAGUUCUUUGGUUUCGAACCAUUCAUCUGCUAUCCAAAAGAAUCGAAAAAUGAGCUGAUGAAAUCCUUAGUUCUUCAAUGUAAACAGAUGGAUAUUCCAGUAGAAUCCACUGUCCCUCAACUGAAUUCAUUCGGUCUUGUUGUGGAUGCGUUUUUUGGCUUUUCUUUCAAACCUCCAGUUCGUGAACCAUAUAUAGAAAUCAUAGACAAAGUAAAAGAAUCAGGAAUUUACUGCUUUUGCAUUGAUAUUCCAUCAGGUUGGGAUGUAGAGAAAGGAAUGCCUUCAGAAGGAUCUUUCAUUAAACCACAUGGAAUCAUAUCUCUCACAGCUCCAAAACUAUGUGUUAAGAAUUGGACAGGCCCACACUUUGUUGGUGGACGAUUUGUCCCUAAACAACUGAUUGAAGAAUAUAAUUUGUUAUUGCCUAUUUAUCCCUCGGCUGAUCAAAUUGUUAAGUUAGAAUGA